UUCACUCCCCAAACUCGCAAUUUGGCACGAGAUGUUUGCUCCUUGUGUUGUGUUUUACUUGAAAUAAAAGGCCGACACAAUGGACGCAGACCGUUUGUGGCACAUUCCAUCAAUUCAGACAGAAGUCGAAGAGGAUUCGCCAUUUUCUCCGGGCGACGUGGAACAAGUGCCGGACACCGUAUUUCGAAGUGUCGGAGUUGACAGCGGAGUGGAAGGUGAAACUGCGUCCGCUCCGGAACGAUGGAGGAGGAAAUCACAUCACAGAUGUGUGUCCGCUCCGUUGUCCGAGAAGUCUGACUUCACUGACGAUAGUGACGUUUACACGGAGACUAGCAAACUUACUGAUUGCAGAUCAAAUGGAUGGUAUCCAGGAUCAGAUGUUGGUCAUUGCCAUGACAAGUCGAACACGAGACAGAUGGACAAGAAAGCUCGUAACAAACUGAUCACUGCCAGCGUUUUCUGUCUCAUCUUCUUGUCGGCCGAGGCUGCUGGCGGUAUAUUAGCCGGUAGUCUGGCGAUCGUGUCCGAUGCGGCUCAUCUCCUGACAGAUUUUGCGAGUUUCCUCGUCAGUCUGCUGGCGCUGUAUCUCGGGACUCGCCCGGCCACCAAGAAACUCAGUUUUGGAUGGUACAGAGCAGAGAUUCUUGGCGCACUGAUGUCCAUCCUGGUUCUGUGGGUGUUGACUGGUAUUCUGUGCUACUCUGCGGUGGAGCGUGUCAUCAGCAACCAGUACGAGAUCAACGCCACUAUCAUGCUGAUCACCGCCGCGGUCGGAGUCGCAUUCAACCUCUUACAUGUCGCAGCUUUCAUUAUUUAUUUCAAGCCAGAGUACAAGAUUGCCGAUCCGAUCUGCACAUUUUUCUUCUCGGGUUUGGUUCUGCUCACCACAAUGACCGUGUUACGAGACAUCCUUGUGGUUCUUAUGGAAGGGACACCUAAAAAUGUAGAUUUUUCUGAAGUGAGGCAGACAUUUUACGAGAUAGAUGGUGUUAAAGAUAUUCACAAUCUUCGAGUCUGGUCACUGACGUUAGACAAGAUAGCCCUGUCUGUUCAUAUUGCAGUAGAUAAAGAUCAGAACCCACUGGUUUUGAUCAAAGAUGCGUCGCGCAGGAUAAAAAUGAAAUAUGGGAUUGUCGACACAACGAUGCAGAUCGAGGAGUAUGUGGAUGAGAUGCAGGACUGCACCAAGUGCCAGGAUUUAAAAGACUGAAAUAUCCGACAGUGUUACAGCUAACACUGUGAGAUCAUUAUACCCGACACUGUGAGAUCGUUAUACCCGACAGUGUUACGGCUAACACUGUGAGAUCGUUAUACCCGACAGUGUUACGGCUAACACUGUGAGAUCGUUAUACCCGACAGUGUUACAGCUAACACUGUGAGAUCUUUAUACAGGACAGUGUUACAGCUAACACUGUGAGAUGUUUAUACACGACAGUGUUACAGCUAACACUGUGAGAUCGUUAUACCCGACAGUGUUACAGCUAACACUGUGAGAUCGUUAUACCCGACAGUGUUAACACUGUGAGAUGUUUAUACACGACAGUGUUACGGCUAACACUGUGAGAUGUUUAUACCCGACAGUGUUACGGCUAACACUGUGAGAUGUUUAUACCCGACAGUGUUACGGCUAACACUGUGAGAUGUUUAUACCCGACAGUGUUACGGCUAACACUGUGAGAUGUUUAUACCCGACAGUGUUACGGCUAACACUGUGAGAUGUUUAUACCCGACAGUGUUACGGCUAACACUGUGAGAUGUUUAUACCCGACAGUGUUACGGCUAACACUGUGAGAUCGCUAUACCCGACAGUGUUACGGCUAACACUGUGAGAUCGCUAUACCCGACAGUGUUACAGCUAACACUGUGAGAUCGCUAUACCCGACAGUGUUACAGCUAACACUGUGAGAUCGCUAUACCCGACAGUGUUACAGCUAACACUGUGAGAUCGCUAUAUCCGACAGUGUUACAGCUAACACUAUGAGAUUGUUAUACCCGACAGUGUUACAGCUAACACUGAGAGAUCAUUAAAUAGAUGGACUGGUGUGAGCUGACAUUGUAAAACAUUUUUCAGACUAACAGACAGGGUUUUGUUUUUAAUGACUAAAAUUACAUAGUCAAAUUUAAUUUUAAAAAAUUGUUCAGAAUUUAUUUUAUUAUUACCCAUAUGAUUAAAAUAUCUUGGUGCAUAUCAAAGUGAUUUGUCCCAUUAAAACGCCAAGUGGGACGUAACACUUCGACGUCACGCGAUGACGUUGUCGAUGGGUGCACUACAACCUCACAGGAACGUCAACCAAACCAGUUGAGUGAUAUAAAUUAAGAUCGAUUAUGGGUAAUAAAUAGGAUAUUAAACUCGCUACCAUUUCGUAUCAAGUUUAUGACAAUUGAAAUUUAUUUCACUUGGGACAUAAACAUCAUACGAAAUGGAAGCCUGUUUAAUAUCCUACAAAUCUGUUGAUUAUAUGUGUGGACGUAUUUGAAAGUAAAAUCAAUCUUAAUUUUGGCUACUAUAAAUAUUAGAACAACCUAAAAAAGCACUAUGUAGAUGAGGGAAUAUUUUGGUUUCAAAAUUUCGAUUCGUUAUGUUUCAAAAUUGAUUAUCAACCAGGGGCGGGACAUAGCCCAGUGGUAAAGCGCUCGCUCGAUGCGCGGUCGGUCUGGGAUCGAUUCCCGUCGGUGGGCCCAUUGGGCUAUUUCUCACUCCAGCUAGUGCACCAUGACUGGUACA